UCUGUUAUUUUUUUUGUUCCAGCGUUAUUUCUCUGAUCUUCCAUUAGCCGCCUUAAUCCUUCUACAUUCCAGCAUUAUUUCUCUGAUGAAAUUCCAUUACGAUCUUUUCAUCGAAAUUCUAUGCCGUCUGCCGAUUCAGACUCUCCUACGCUUCAGAUGCUUGUCAAAAACAUGUUGUUCCUCUAUUGACAGCCCAGAUUUCAUCAAUCUCCAUCUUAAUCGAUCCAUCAAAACAAGCACCAAUCGUAGCCUCAUUGUUGAUGAACUUAAGACAGAGGGUUCGAUCUUCGUUGUGGACUUAGACUUAUCAGAUAGAUGCCCUGUGGAGCUCCAUCGCCCCCAUAAGUCUUUCACGGAUAGUGUUGAGGUUGUUUAUAAUAAUUAUACUGGCGUGCGGAUUGUUAAGCCUUCCAAGUUUUCCACAUAUGUAUUUGGCUCCUGCAAUGGUUUGCUUGCUAUGUACAAUAGGAGAGGCAUGUGCUUGUGGAAUCCAUCAACGAAGAAGCACCAAAAUUUACCUCAAUUUUGGAGUCAUGAUGAGUACAAUCGUAAUGACAAAAUCUUGGUUGGAUUUGGCUAUGAUUCGAUUAACAAUGACUACAAGGUGAUAAAGAUGAUUCAAUAUAACAGUAUGUAUCUAUCCUCCAACAAAAACGACAAGAUCAGAGUUACGGUUUACAGUUUGAAAGGUAAUUCCUCAACAAGGAUUGAUGACCUAAAUGAUUAUUAUAUUCGUUAUCUCAGAGGCGACUCCGGUGUUGCUGUCAGUGGGUCACUGCAUUGGGUGGUUUGGAGCCAAGAGAAAAGGCCCGAUGACCUGAUACUUGCAUUUGAUCUUGGGAAUGAGAAGUUCCGGGAGCUGCCAAAACCUCAAAUAAUGAAAGGAUAUUUCUUACGUGUGGCGGAACUUGGAGGAAGCCUCGCUAUAAGCUGUUUGCACCUUGGCACGUUUGUUGAGAUAUGGGUUAUGAAAGAACACGGAAUAACGGAAUCUUGGACUAAAUUAUUUCGGAUCAACUACGAUAAGCAGCAUGGAAUUUCUGAUCUUUAUAGAUGCGAUAUGAAACCUUUAUGUUUUUCGGAAACUGGUGAUGAAGUCUUGUUGGAUGAUAAUUAUGGUGUAUACUCUGUCUUAUACGAUUUAGAGCAGAAAAGUGCUAAGAGAGUUACAAUUUUUGGGUCUCCAGAGCGUGAGAGUAAGAUUCCUGUAAAAAUCUCAGCAAGUAUUUGUGUGAGAAGCCUUGUUCCAGUCAAUUUUAAUUCUGAGAUUGCAGGGUCUGCUUCAGAGCUUCAAGGCAAGAAGCGCAAGGGAACAUGAGAGAAAAGAAAGAAAUAUAGAUAAAGGUACACUUGAUGCCUUAUUAAUUAUAAUUAUUAUUAUGAAAUAAAACUUCAAUUCUUCAGCAA